CAGGAUGCACAGUGCACGUGGGUAUACAAUUUCAAAAAGUUAUCAUACGAAAGAUUGACACGUGCUUUGAUGUAAAUAUGUUAUAAAUUAAUUUUGACGGAUAUUAUAUCAACAGUUUGAAUAAUUAAAGCUCCAACAUGUAUAAGGCAAAUAUAGAUGAUUUUUUAAGUCACUCUGACGAUUCUGCAUCUGAAAGUGCUCAUAGUACUAAUGAUGAAAUUCAUCAAAAUACAGAUCAAGAAGAGGAAGAAGAUGAAGAAGAUCAAGAAGAUCAAUAUGAUCAAUAUGACCAAGAAGAUGAAGAAAGAGCACAAAUGGAAGAAAUGGAUGUACAAAAUUAUCAUAUGACAUUGGAUAAAAAGAAAAGAAAAGUUACAGAUGAUGAUACAAAUACUAUAUUAAAAAAAAAGCAAAAAUUCAAUAAAGAUUUAUAUAAACCACCAACUGCAGAGGAAUUAAAUCAGCUCAGAGAGACAGAGAAUUUAUUCCAUUCUAAUUUAUUCAGGUUACAGAUAGAAGAAGUGUUAAAUGAAAUUAAAGUUAAAGACAAGUACAAACAUUUAUUUAAUGUGUGGCUUGAAGAUUUUGAGAAAAAUAUAAAAUUGAUAAAAGAAUCAAAGGAAUAUCAAUUUUCAGAUCCAAAAUUAAAGAAGAAAUUAGAUGUACGUAUUCCUAUGCCUAAUGUUCCAGAAGAUACAAAAGCAACAUUUAAAUUUCUGCAACCAUCUAAUAUUGCUGUUAUAGGAUCUUAUGCUAUUGAUACUACUAUAAAUUCAAAUGUUACUGUAGAUUUAACAAUUGAGAUGCCUUCUAAAAUGUUUCACAAGCAAGAUUAUCAAAAUUAUAGAUAUCUAAAAAAGAAAGCAAUAUAUUUGGCAUAUAUAACAUCUCAUAUCAGGGAUAAUAUUGCUGAACACAAAAAAUUUGUAGGAGAUAAUUUAAGGCCACUUUUGAAAAUAGUUCCAACUGGAAAAUUAGGUACAAAAGUCAAUGUACUGAUACAUAUAUCAGUUCAAGAAGAAAGCUUCAAACUAAAUAGAUUCUUACCAGAGAAAAAUAGUAUUAGACCUGGAUGGUUUUUCAACACAGAGAGUGGAACAGAGGAUUUACCUCCAACACCAUAUUAUAAUUCCAUAGUGCUUCACGAUUUAACAGUGAAAAUAAAUUCAGAAAAUAUGAAAAUAAUAAAAGAAUAUCCUAAUUUAAGGGAUGGUAUCAUUUUGUUGAAAAUAUGGUUAGCUCAACGUGGACUAGGAAAAGGUUUUGAAGGUUUCAAUGGAUAUAUUGUAACAAUGCUUGUUUUAUACUUAUUAUCAAUUAAAAAAUUAAAUACUUUUAUGAGCAGUUAUCAAGUAAUCAGAAAUGUGUGGAAUUAUUUAGCACAAGUUAAUCUAUAUGAAACUGGAAUAACAAUGAAUCAAGAUGAAGAUUGUAAAACAAGAAUUUUAAAUUAUCACCAAUAUUAUGAAUGUGUAUUUUUAGACAGUACUGGUUACUAUAAUAUCACAGCUCACACACCUACAACUACUUAUAAGUGGAUACAGAGGGAGGCUGCACUUUGUUUAAAUCAUUUAGAUAGUGCACAUGCUGAUAGUUUUCAAGCACUUUUUAUGAGAAAAGUACCAUUUCAUAGGGCAUUUGAUCAUCUUAUAUGGUUUAAAGAUACUCAAGUACUGAAAAACAUAGUAGAUAUUAAUUCAAGUCAAAAUGAUAAAUUAAAUUAUGGGUCUAAUUAUCGAGCUCAAGCAAUAAAAAUUGUUUAUAACAUGCUAAAAGAAGGAUUAAAAAAUAGAGUAUAUCGGAUUUGUGUGUUACCGAAUGAAAUUUCAGAAUGGGACUGUACAGAAAAAAAUGACAAUGAUAUUGGGCAAAUUUUUAUGGGAUUAGAAUUGAACCCUGAAUUUUGUUAUAAUAUAGUUGAGAAGGGACCUGAAGCAAAUUUACCAGAAGCAAAUGAAUUUAGAAAAUUUUGGGGUAAGAAAUCAGAAUUACGUCGAUUUCAAGAUGGAUCUAUUCGUGAAGCAGUAGUUUGGUCAAAAGGAAAAACAUUAUCAGGGAAAAGACUAAUUUGCAAAAAAAUUGUAACUUAUCUACUGACUAAAAAAUUAAAUUUUCUUAAAGACCAAUUUAUUUAUAUAGCAGACGAAAUGGAAGAAUUAUUAAGAUUGCCAAAGGUCAAAAUAACACAUUUUGCAUAUGGCACAGGAGAAGAAGCUACAUUAAGAGUGAUAAAUGUAUUUAAUGAUCUUGAAAAAGAAUUGAUGUCUCUUAAAGAUAUUCCAUUAGCUAUACAUGGAGUUCAGGGAUGUAGUGCAGUUUUUCGAUAUACGGAUACCUUUCCACCGCUAGCAACAGUUUAUCGACCUGAUCAUCAAUGUAUUCAGAAAAAUGAAAAUUGUUUGAUAUUGAAAUACAUAUAUAAAGCUCCUAAAUACGUUUGCCCACUUGAAGUAAAUCUGCAGCUAUCAACUAGUGGAAAAUGGCCUGAUGAUAUCGAAGCUUUCAGGAAAACAAAAGCUGCUUUUCAUAUACAAAUUGCAGAAUGCCUUAGAAACCAAUAUAAUUUAGUGUCAAGUGCAAAUUUAUCACACGUCGAUGUAUAUAAGGAAGGAUUCGUAUUUCGAUUGAGAGUAGCACACCAGAAAGAAAUUGGUUGUCUAAAACAACAAAUAACUGAGGAUGGAGUAACAAAGUACAAAGACAAUGAAGAAUCAAUUGAACUGGAAAAUAAUUUAUUCGAACUGCCAAAACUAACUAGUGCUUUACAUGGAUUACAUGUUCAGCAACCAUCUUUUGGCGGAACCUGUUGUUUAGCGAAACGUUGGCUCUCUGCCCAAUUAUUGGAUCAUUCCCAUAUACCAGAUGUAGUAGUUGAUCUUCUUGUUGCUUCUAUGUACUUAACUCCUGCACCAUAUGUGCCUACUCAAAUGCCACAAGUAGCAUUUUUGAGACUGUUAGAAAUUUUUGCAAGGGGUCAUUGGAAUACAGAUCCGGUUAUUAUUAAUUUCAAUAACGAAAUGACAAGAGAAGAAAUAUUAGCUGUGGAAACGUUUUUCGGUUCAUCUCGUAACUCUCUACCACCACUAUUUAUAUCUACUCCUUAUGACCAGCAAAGAUCAUUAUGGACUAGAAAAGCACCAACUACUUUAAUCUUAAAUCGUAUUACAGCACUAGCGAGGCAGUCUUUAAAAUUAUUUGAGGAUCAGAUUUUUUCAAAAGUUAUAUUGGAUUGCAAACCUUUAUUUAGGCCACCGCUCACAGAAUAUGAUUGUCUAAUAAAUUUGAGACCAACUAUGGUGCCAAGGAGGAUGCAGGCAGUUGAUCUUGACGACGAAUAUCCACUCCUUGAUUGGCAUCCGUACAGAAAGCACUCACAACAAAAGAUACCAGUUGUGGAUUUUGAUCCUGUACAGUAUUUCUUACGAGAUCUUAGGAAUGGGUACGAUGAAUUUGCUUUAUUUUUCUAUGACACUUACGGUGGUACUACAAUAGGAGUACUGUUGAAACCUUCAGCAUUAGAAAUUAAAGAAUUUAAGGUAUCAAACAUUAAUGGUCGAAAAUGUAAUGACGAUGAUCAAUUAAUUCUAAAUGUUUCGGCAAUGAUUCAAGACUUUUACAUUCUCGGAAAGGAUCUGAUUCAAACGAUUGAUAUUCGAUCAGACAAGUUUUCUUUAACUUGAACAAUUUUGAAGUCAUAAAUAUACAAAAAUUAAAUUUUGUAUAAUAUAAAAAGCAUGUUUA